CUGAAACCGACUUUGGAAGACGGUUCUUCAAAGGAAGCACCAUCAUGGACCAUGAGGAGUACAGACGGAGAGGGAAGGAGAUGGUGGAUUACAUCUGCCAGUACCUGACCAGUGUGAGGGACAGAAGGGUCUCUCCAGACGUGCAGCCGGGUUACAUGAGGGACCUGUUGCCGGCCGGAGCCCCAAUCGAGCCAGAGAGCUGGGACAGCAUCUUCAAAGACAUCGAGAAGAUCAUUAUGCCGGGGGUGGUCCACUGGCAAAGCCCGCAUAUGCAUGCAUACUUCCCUGCCCUCACCUCCUGGCCUUCCCUGCUGGGGGACAUGCUGGCAGAUGCCAUUAACUGUCUGGGAUUUACUUGGGCGUCCAGCCCAGCUUGCACAGAACUGGAGAUGAACGUGAUGGACUGGCUGGCUGAAAUGCUGGGUCUCCCAGCAACCUUCUUGCACCAUCAUCCAGACAGCAGAGGUGGAGGCAUCUUGCAGAGCACGGUGAGUGAAUCAACCUUAAUUGCUCUGCUGGCAGCAAGGAAGAAUAAAAUCCUGGACAUGAAGGUAUCUCAGCCGGAUACAGAUGACUCGACUCUCAACUCCCACCUUAUUGCUUAUGCCUCGGAUCAGGCUCACUCCUCCGUCGAAAAAGCCGGCCUGAUUUCCCUCGUAAAGAUGAGAUUUCUCCCUGUGGAUGAACAUUUCUCCUUGCGAGGUGAAACCCUAAGAAAAGCAAUUGAAGAGGAUCGGAGCCGUGGCUUGAUGCCAGUCUUUGUCUGUGCAACCUUGGGAACCACCGGCGUCUGCGCUUUCGACAACCUUUCAGAGCUGGGACCGAUAUGUGCCAAAGAAGGACUCUGGCUUCACAUUGAUGCUGCCUAUGCUGGAACAGCAUUUCUGUGCCCAGAAUUCAGGGUGUUUCUGAAAGGAGUCGAAUACGCCGAUUCCUUCGCUUUUAAUCCUUCCAAAUGGAUGAUGGUUCACUUUGACUGUACCGCGUUCUGGGUCAAAGAUAAACACAAGCUCCAGCAGACCUUCAGCGUUAACCCGGUUUAUCUCAGACAUCCUAACUCUGGUUCAGCUACUGAUUUCAUGCACUGGCAAAUCCCCCUGAGCAGAAGGUUCCGGGCUUUGAAACUGUGGUUUGUGAUUCGCUCGUUUGGUGUGAAAAAGCUUCAAGACCACGUGAGACACGGGACGGAGAUGGCUAAAUAUUUUGAGUCACUGGUCAGAAGCGACCCCCUCUUUGAGAUCCCAGCCAAGAGGCACCUGGGGUUGGUCGUCUUCCGUUUAAAGGGCCCCAACUGGAUGACAGAGAAGAUCUUAAAGGAUUUGAACAAGUCGGGGAAGAUCUUUGUUAUUCCGGCGACUGUCCGAGAGAAGUACAUCAUUCGCUUCGCCGUGACAUCUCAGUUCACGACGCAAGAGGACAUCCGACGGGACUGGUCCCUCAUCCAACAGUGUGCGGCCAACGUUGCCAACUCACAGCCACUGCCGAAGCCUCUUGUUCUCUCGGAUCCAGGGGGCCACAUGCCAAAGCUGAAAAAGAGCCCUGGUCCUCAACCCACCGGUGACGUCUCCCGGUUUCCCUCUGAGAAGCCAGGGUGCGAACCGCCGCUGAGCAGAAUCACGGUGCAGCCACGAAGAGGGUCUCUCCAUUCCCCGCCAGGGUUGCCCACGGUGAAGGAUCAGCCCUUGGAGGAUUGCUUUGCCAAAGAUGGCCGGGCGGUGGCGACUUCCGUCUUGGGCUUCUCCGUCCCGAGCAAGAAGAAGACAGCCCGCUCUUUCAGCGUCCCGACGGCUGGCUUUGGGGAGCCCGACCAUCCCAGGGCGGUGGGGUUUCUUGGCUUCGGUGAGGGUGGACCUUGCACCAAAGAAGAAAUCCUUUCCAAAUUCCCCAAAGGGAUCCUGACGGUGAAGAAAAAUGACCUCAAGAAGCGCCUGAAAUUUUACAGUGUCCCGAGCUUCCCCGAAAGUACGAUCCAAUGUGGCCUUCAACUGCCGUGCUGCCCCCUGCCAGCCAUUGUCUAGUAGGCCUUGACCUC